UAUCUGCGAACUCCUCUUUCAGUAUGUCAGCCCGUGGGCGUGGCAGACCCAAACAGAAUUCCAAAUGCUCAAAUGACGGCCAGCAGCUACUAUAGUUCAAGUUAUUACCCACACUACGGUCGACUUAAUGAGGUCCGAGGUAAUGGAGGAUGGUGUCCAAAGACCCGACAAGGUCCCAGAACAGAUUAUCUUCAAGUUGACCUGGGUACUGUACAUUCUGUGUGUGCUGUAGCAACACAAGGAGCAAGCAACAUUGACGAACACACCACAAGCUACAUUUUGCGGAUGUCUAAAGAUGGAGUCACUUGGAAUACAUACAAAGAGAACAAUGCCGAGAAGGUGAGAUAAUGGUUAAACUGUCUAUGUAGUCAGCGACUCUCUCUACAAUGAUCAACUUAGGAUAUAAAGAGGUCAGGCCGUCAUAGAGAUAGGGGUAAAUGCCGUCCCACCAAUCAAUGAACGAUGCAUAAUUCUAUAAAUGCUGAUCACAGAGUAUAAAUAAAUUGUAAGUGAAGUUUUUCUGAAUCAUGUGAACUAUAUAAUUUUAUAUUUUCAAUGUGCAGGUGCUCCAAGGAAACACAGAUCGAAAUACGAUUGUCAAGCACGCUCUUUCUACCGCCGUCAAAGCCAGAUUUGUUAGGUUUUAUUACGUCAGUUACCACAGCUGGCCUGCAGUAAGAGUUGAAAUAUAUGUUUAG